AUGAUAAUUGUCAAUAUAAACGGUGUUGAACUCGAAAUCAAAGGUCAUCUCUAUGUCAUCCAUGAAAGAGGCAUAGAUCCUUCAACGACACCUGUUUUUAAGCAAUUUGUUACUUAUCAUAGAUAUAAGACAGUUAUUCUUAUUUAUAUUCAUUUUGUAUUUGCAAAUACAUUGAUUAGUUGCAUUGCCGAUGAAAUUCCUUAUUGGCUUUCAGAUUUAAUCAAUGAUUUCGCUGAUCUCUUCAUUUCCUUUGCAUCAGCCAUUCUUUUCGUAUCAAUAAAGAAUGUAUCAUCAGGGUACUCCAAUAUCGAUGCACAGUCUGUAUAUCUUGAAGAUAUACAAGAACUUGGAAUCGAAAAUGACGUAUUCCAAAACCAUAAUUUAACGAAAUGGGAAGAUGGAAUGGAGCUUCCUCUCAAACCACAACUGAUCAAUAAAUCUAAUGAGCAUGAAUCUUCCGAAGGACAUCCUCAAAAUGUUGAUGGAGAGUUUGAUACAUCCAUGUUAUGA